AUGGCUACCGCGCCACCCAACCAGCGUCGAGUCACGAGAAGCCAAAGCCGUGAUAUUGAUAAUGUCGUACCUGGCACAAGUGCCAUGAGCACUGGGCUGUCUUUUGGGCGCAACCUGCCGAGCCUCCCAGAAGUGCCCUUCACAAGCUCUCCGAGAAAUCCUACCCCCAGGGGCCGGGAAGUUGUACCCGAGUCGCCGGAGAAUCAUGAAGGUCACACUAAUGUCUCCGGUACAACAUUGGGCCCCAGUGAUCUGGAGCCCAAUAAUGCCCAUAUCGCGAAUAAUAUUGCAGGCCAAUUACCUCACGUCGAAAAAGAGGCAAACGAUGUCUUGGGGCUGAUAAUCCCUCAAAAUUUGAAGCCAAGAAUCCUUGCAGAGGAGGCUAAAAGACUCGCUGAUUCCAACACCCCCAAUGGCAAACGCCUCAGGCGUUUCGUCCACGGCAUGAAAGACGAACUGAGUGAUAUGACUCUUGUACGUCAAGACAGGACAUUCCUCGACAUCUCCGAUUUUCGUCAACACCUUUCAUCUGCUCAGUUUGAGAGUGUCCUUCCAAGCUUGCAUCUCGCCAACUGUGCUCAGCUGGCUCUGAACAUGUUCCUUCCUAGCCUACCUAGCCUCGGCACCAACGACAAGCUACAGGUCAUCCAAGAGCUGGAUAUUCAAUUUCCUGCAUGCUUCAUGGAGCGGUUUGCGGAUACAACCACCGUCGGGACAAUUGGAGCAACCGAGCUUCAGCAGGAGACAUUCGAUCUUGCUCUCAGCAUUCGAACCCAAUUCUUCAUAAUGGAGCUGGAGAGGCAUCGUGAGUCCAGAGACUUUGAUCCUAUCGCUAUCUUGCGACGAAUCUUCUGCAUGGACCUUAUUCCUGGGGCGGAAGACAAUCAAGAACCACCUACCACUUUCAGGGGCUUCAACUUGCCUGGUGUCUUGCAAGACGAGGAUGGGCAUCUUCCCGAGAUCGACAAACUCGAAGAAGCCGUGGAUGAAAGAUUCGACGAUCUUCGCCACGGAAUUUUUAAGUACGGCGUUGACCACCCGAAAAGGGUCUACGAAUUGCGCGUCUUUGAGCGAGACCUUGCACGCUGGAUCCAAGGGCGCGACAAGGAGAUCAAGGAAGACCUGAAGCGUCUUUCAGACGAUCAAGCCACAAGGGCAUCUUCACGUCGCUUGACUACAGCCUCAGUCGGUCCAGCCAAUCUGCUCCAAGGUUCGGUGUUACCUACACCACAGAAAGGUCGUCUCCUGGAACCGCGUACCCAGCAAUCCCCCCAGCAGACCCGAUCACCCCAGAGGGUACGUACCGUGGAACCAGCUCUGGUUGUUCCUCACCAGUCUGAGAUACAGGUUCCCCAGCCUCGGGCUACACCUUCGCCUUCGCCACAAGUUGCCCGCACACAGGCGCAAGCUACCAGACUGGAAUCACCCCUGUUAGUUGUCCAGGAACCUGACGUUCAGGCUUCCCAGCCUCGAACCACACCUCAAAAGCUUUUCGUACCAGCGGCCCGCCCCCAGACGCAGCCUACUACAACGGCACCCGAAAGACGGAAAUCCAAGAGCCACUAUCGGAACUCCUCCGCCAUGGCAGCCCUCAAAAACCGCAUGGAUAACAGCCGCCAGCAAGAUUUGGCAGCCCUUGAAUCGCAGGCACCCAAUCGUUCUUUGAAUGCCGGAACUGCAAUCCACAAGGAUCCACCUGGGCCCUUCACCCUUGACCAGGAGACCCCCGAGCGCGAGAUUCAGCAAUCUCCGGACCUCACAUAUCCUGGCCUCGCAGAUGACACCACCUUGCACAACAACGAAGAGGAAUUGGAUCUCAGCCGCGAACAUGAGAGUGGAUUCAUGGCAUCUACCAGCCCCUCGGCCUCUGCCAGAAUCAACCGGGUCAGCCACAACCCAGGCCGGUUCUUCGAUUCGCCAGAUGAUGAAAUUACACAGCGAACGGCCACACAGCGACCCCCCGCCAAAAAGUCUUUCCCUGCUGGCCCGCGGUUCAUUGACGCCCAGGAAAGCCGUGCCCAGGUGUCGCCAAUUAGCUCCUCUUAUGGACUAAGCGCAGAGCGGGAACGCCCCGAACGUCCUGCGCCCAGAGAAGCCAACCAGAAGAAGCGAGCCAGACGCUUGUCCUACUCAAGUGACCUCUCUGACGAUGACGCAUUCGAAGACGACAACCGCGAUGUUGACCGCAGGGCUGAAAAGCCCGAGCAAAACCUCCCCGCUGCAAAGAGACAGCGCACCGAGGCUGGGACAGGGUUAGGAAGCGCAGCCGAGCAGCUCCAAUCAAGCCUGGACCGGACCACCCAGUCGCAGGCUGAAGUGGUUUCAUCCAAUGCAAGCCAGGCCGAUAGCACCGCUGAGCGAUUUACCGAUUCGCGCUGGAAAGCCAAUAUGAAACGGGACGUUGCAAAGUCCACUACCCGCAAGGCUAAUACAAAAUGGACCGAGGAAGAGAACGCUCGGUUACUCGAAUUGAUGGCUAUAUUCGGCUCUUCCUACUCGAAGAUCUUGAAAGAAGACGGUGUGUGCCCUGCGAGUGACGGCGGGCCAAAGCUGCAAGGCCGCAGCCAGGUGAGUUUGAAAGACGGCGCACGCAACCUGCGGCGUAGGUACGAGAGAGAAGGGAGGGUGCUCCCUCCGGGGCUAGAGCGCGCCUCUAAGUAG